CCUCCCCUCUCUUGUUCCGCCGACCCCACGCCAGUAGAGAUGAGGGCCACAUCGUCCCCAGUGCCCGCCGCCGUCCUCGUCGCCCCCUCCUCCGCCGCCGUAGCAGUGAAACCUCGUGCCGCAGCGAGUGGCGGCGGAGGCAGCACAGCAGGCAGGCGCGACGUGCUUGCCGCCGGUACCGGGCUGGGCGCGGCGCUGCUGCUGGCGCUGGGGCCGGCGCGCGCGGCGGACGAGGAGUACGUGAGCGAGACGAAGGAGGUGAUCGGGAAGGUGCGGUCGACGAUCGGGCUGGACAAGUCGGACCCGAGCGUGGCCGACGCGGUGGCGGAGCUCCGGGACCUGUCCAACUCGUGGGUGGCCAAGUACCGGCGGGAGAAGUCGCUGCUGGGGCGUCCGUCGUUCCGGGAGAUGUACUCGGCGCUCAACGCCGUGUCGGGCCACUACAUCAGCUUCGGCCCCACGGCGCCCAUCCCGGCCAAGCGCCGCGCCCGCAUCCUCGAGGAGAUGGACACCGCCGAGAAGGCGCUCCAACGGGGCAGGUAGGCCAAAUCCCAGCGAAGCUGGCCCGUUGCAGGAACGCGAGUGCCCAGCUCGGCGACAACGCUACCAUUUUGUUUUUGUAACUACUGCGAUGCAUUCGUCGUCGUUGUUUUCGCGGCUGGGAGCGUGUGUUGUGACUGUGGAGUAAAAAGUUACCGAGCUUUUGAGCUGAGUUUGCGACUUUCGGUCACAUCUUGUAUCAAGCUGACAAUGACAUGGCGGUGAGAACACUCAUGGAUGAGUCUGGGAGAUAUGUCCAUCGUCCGUCCCGGUGGCUGACAUUCUUGCUUCUUUUUCGCGUUGCCAA